CUGCAGUGGUUGCUGGGAGACGACGGUGGAGAGAAGAGGUGGUUUGAGUAAGGACCUGGGCUGGUAUUGGAGGGGAAGCUAGCCCAUUCCUGGAGGAAGUGCUGGGCCUCGCGUGAAGGAGUGGGACCCGAAGCAACAGAGCUGCUCUCCCCUCCCUUUCGCCUAUGGCUAGGGUGCAGUCUCACGGUCGAGCAAGAGGCUCGACUUGGACCUGGAGGCCAGUGGCGCGAGAUGCGCUUUUGGCUCGUGCCUUCCAUUCAUGCACAGAACUGGAAGGACGGUUCUAUCUGGUAGGGGGUCUCCUAGAAGGUGGUGCAAGAGUGCCUAGCAACGACACUGUGAUCUUUGACCCAGCCAGGGGCCAAGCGGUGCGACUGCUAGCCCGAGGAGGUCCCCUUCGCAGCCACCACGAUGCGGCACUGGUGGGAGGACGUUGGCUCUGCGUGGUGGGUGGCUGGGACGGGUCACGUCGCUUAUCCACGGUGGCCGCGCUGGACACUUCGAGUGGAGUGUGGGAAGUAUGGACCGCGAAGCCUGCCAACUGCCCUCCUGCUGGCCUCAGCAGCCACACCUGCACCCGAAUCUCAGACCGAGAGUUGCGGGUAUCUGGCAGAGAGGGUGGUACCCGCACUCAGCGACGCUACGGUAGCAUCUACACGUUAAAGUUGGACCACAGCACCCGAACUUAUUGCUACAAAGAAGAAGGCUGCCACACAGCCUCACGGUCAGGUCACUGUGCUGCCUUGCUGCCAACUGCAGGACCCCACCCGGGCCAUCAGCUUUUGCUCUUUGGGGGUUGCAACUCAGUUGGACCAGAAGUAGCAGGGCAAUGGAGCCCUGGGAAAAUUAAGGAGGAAGCGCCGGUUGCGCCUCGGUUGACGGAACAGCUUGCAAACCUUGUGAGCAGUGGGCAGGGGUUGCAGCAAGGACCGCAGAGCCUGCGGCAUCAUUCCUGUUCCGUGGUGGGGCCCUUCGCCGUACUAUUUGGUGGAGAAACUCUGACCAGAGCUCGAGACACGAUCUGCAAUGAUCUCUACAUCUAUGAUACCCGCAAGUCUCCGCCUCUGUGGUUCCACUUCCCCUGUACGGACCGUGGACUGAAGCGCGUGGGCCACCGUACUUGCCUUUGGAACGACCAGCUUUAUUUGGUUGGGGGUUUUGGUGAGGACGGCAGGACAGCUAGCCCACAGGUUUGCACGCUGGAGUUCUUCACCUGAAGAACAGCAGCAAGGCACUCGGCCAAGCCUCUGGUGGCGAACCUACAAAGCAUCCUCACCACAGCUACUGCCCCACUUCAGACACUCAUUAAAUUCAAUCUGAGUCAA